AAACAAUGGCUCCUUUCUAGUUUCACAGUCUGAAUUUUUUCUCAACAAAAUUCCCGUUUCUUUCAUUGGUUCUCUGAUUUCCCAAAAGCUAUGCACAAUCAAAUCCAACACCAUAAUCACUAGCCAAUUCUAACCCCGAAUUCCUGCAAUCUAUUGAACAAUUCCGCAGUAUGGCUCGAAAUCCGUCUCUUUUAUGUUCGAAUCUCAACCUUCGUGAUCGACGCCGUCUCCACCAUCUCAUAGUCUGUCACAUCCGUCGGGAAAUCGGUGUAUCCCUCUAAAUCAACGGCUCUCGUAUCCCUGCCUCUGAUUCAGCUCACCUUACCCUCCGCUGUGACCGUCUCAACCGAGAAACCUCAGAGGUCACUUAUUUAAGCACGAUAGCCUUCGCUUCACUGGAGGGUUUGAAUUCGAUGUGCACGAGGAUGAAAAGGUUUUGUUGUGAGGGUCGUUGGAAAGGAUGGAAGGGGAGUGGAGCAUGGAUUGUUAUAUGACGACCUUGGCUAUGGAGCCAGGGAAUUCUGCCUAUAUUCAGCUGAAGAUUGGGGUUUCAGCGCCGGAAAUUGAAGUUUAUAUUGCCGGGUGUUGUGCGGGCGUGCCUGUGAUCUUGACCAAGACAAUACAUGUUAAUUCUAAGAAUAUAGGAGAAUCGAGGCUUAGGUGGUUGUUGGAUGCAAUUCUUGAGGAUGAAGAGAUUGGCGAAGGGGAUAAUAAUAAUAUUAGGCACCGGAAAUCGCCGGUAGAAUUUGAUUUGCUUUAUGCCUCUAGUUUUUUAUUUUAUCUGAUCAAAAUCAAUAAUCCAGAGUUACUACUCUGAAGACAUGUAUGCUGAUGAGGAUGGGCAAAUGUGCGUAGGACUUGGCAUUGGAGUUGGAAUUCUAAUGCGAUCAUAUCGAGCAACUACCCGGAAUUUUAGGAGGACAUUUCAGUAAGAUAGGUCUCUUAGAUCGGGAGUAUCGUGUUUUGCUUUUAUUAUAAAGGAAAUGGAAUCCUUUCAGAAUUUUGGUAGCAGUCUGGAAAAUAUUAUGAGGGUUGCCGGCCAGAAAUCAAAGAAAUUUCAAGAUAGCAACUCAAAAUGUGAGGUCUUGUGGGUUCUGUAGAUGGGGCUGGUUACUUGUGUUCCAUGUUUAAGAUGUGUUGCUCUCAGGGAAUCUGCUACACUCUGCAUGUCUUUUAUUCUAUCCAUUUGUUCAG